UAUUUUAAUCUAUUCUUUACAUUUGGUUUGUGAAUAAAGUCUCUAAAUAAAGCAUUUAAACGUUUAUUUGAGAAAUUAUCUUGUCGUCUGGUGCUGGACUAGCUGUGCUUGCAAUGACCAGAUAACAAGUUAUCACCAUGACAAAUUAUUUACCGUUACAUGUCUCUAGCUUACAGAAAUAAACGUGCACAUUUUCAUUUAUCUACCAAUAUGUUUGUGAGCAGGCAUGUACAUUGAAUCUCUAUUGAAGACAUUGUACAUUUAUAUAUUUAUAGCAUUAUUGUUUAGUCAAAAAUAAAACUUUACUUGAUAUUGUUCCGGUCAUUUAUAUAGAAUGGGUGGGAUUCAUCAGUGAAUAACCUUUGAAACAAUGAAAAUGCUAUUUAUUCCGAGCAGGAGUGGCUUACGGUUUUUUUUCCCUAAGCUUCCUGAGAGUUUGCAUACAAUUGACAAAUGCCAGCUAUUUUGAUCGUAGGAGGUCAGCCUGCUGCCAUAACAAAAUCUCCUGUUUGAAUAAAGGUCGUUUUUGUACUGCAUUUUCAGUGCGAAAUAGAAAUCUAACAUCAUGCAAUCAAUGAGAGAAAUUAAUCUGGAAACAUACAGUUUGUCACUACUAACGGCAAAAGAAGACAUCCUGAAUCCACGCUCUUCUACAAACUGGGCUUUGUUUGCUUACGAUGGAAUAAUGAACAGGCUGAAACUGGCUGAUUCUGGAGUAGGUGGACUGAAUGAGUUGAUGACUAAACUGCACCCCAGACGGUCACUAUAUGGGAUGUGCAGGGUUGGCACGAAUCAAUCCCACAUUGUGAUGAUAUUAUGGGUAGGAAAUGAGGUGGAUGAAUAUCGUAAAGCUGAGUGUGCCAGUCAUUUGCCGGCGAUAAGGGCCUUCUUCAGGGAAGUUCAGAUAUUUCUUCCUGCACACUCAUUGGAUGAAAUAACAGAGGAGAGGAUCUGUACUCUUGCCUGUAAGGCUGCGACAGUGAUGCAGGGGCCGAGACAGAGACACGUCCUCCGACGAGAAGACAGACAGGAGGCUGUGGGCACAAAUUACAGGCGAACAAUCGCAUCAGCAGAGAUCCUGAGAAUCCAGAGGGAUUCUUUCUGGGCACAAGCAGAGAGAGAGGAGGAUGAAAGGAAGAAGGAGGAACAGCGGAGGGCAGCAGAGGACAGGAGAAAGAGAGAGAAAGAGAGGUUGCUUCAUGAGAGGAGACAAGCAGAAGAGCGAGAGAGGAAGAUGAUGGAAAGAGAACAGAGGAUCAAGGAGCAGAGAAGAAUACAGGCCCAGAUGGAAGCAGAGCAACACAGACAGGACAGAUUAAAAUGGGACGACCAGGUAAGAGAGCGAGAAGAAGAGGAAAGGAGAGCAAGAUAUUCAAACUCUGAAUCAAAAGAAAAAGCUACUGAGGCAGCAGCUCUAGUGUCCCAGCGUACUUCUAACCCCAGAGAUUUCUUUAGACAACUGUCCUCUUCAAAUUCUCAACCCAGCUCACCAUUCCCAGUCAGGAGUCCUCACAGAACACUGCAUAGCAGUCCGACAGACAAUGUUUUCAUUUUCAAUGAGCUUUCAUCUUCCACGCCUCCAUCUCCUUAUAGAUCGACAGUUGCAUCACCGUACCGCCCAUUGACUCCAACAUCCAAAAGCCCAACACUUGUGUUCCCUAACAGUGCAACUUCUUUGUGGCACAGUCCAGCAACAGUAUCUUCUAGCCAUUUAGAGCAGAAUCCCCCUCAAAACAGUGCAAUGGUAUCUUCUAGGAGUCAGAUCCACCCAUCUUCACCUCAGCUCACUGAGUCUUCCUAUAAAGACACCGUUGACUAUACACCACCCCCCUCCAGUCUGCAGCUCCAAACCCAACCACCAACCGUGACCAAUACAUUACAGUCUGAAAUAAACACACCCAUCAUGGCCAUAUUAGACAGUCUUGUGUUUUACCCACCACCACCAACCACAGACUUAGACAAUGAGGGCUUAUAUGAAGCAAAAACAACAGCAGAACUACCUUCGCCUCCCUCUGGUUUUGAGCUUUCACCAAAACAUUCGGAGGUUCUUCCUGAGGCUUCAAUGCAAACCCAAUCUGAUUUCGAUCUGGAUUCUCAAAGUAUCUCAGAUUCCUCUGUCUGCACCCCAGGUGCUCUCCUGUCCUCUCCUCCUCAAUGUUCUCCUGUUUCACUGGUCCCAUCAUGUCUCCCAGUACUUCAGCCCCCAUCUAGACCACUUCCUGAUCUGCCUGUUACCCCACAAACAGUGAAGGACUUGAACCUAAAAAGAGACUUCACUGCCCUGUCCUCCAUUAUAUCUACAGUUGAGGAGGAAGAGUUAGAGGAAGAGGAUGGAGAGAGGAAUCAGAAGGAAUGGAUUCAGGAGGAACAAGAAACCGAGAUUAAAGAUGAGGAGGACAAAGUGGUUGAAGAGAGGCAUGGAGUGAGAGGGUAUGAGGAAGAAGGUGGAGAAGAAAGAGUUGAAAUUAGAGAUGAAAGUGAAGAGAUUAAUGCAGGACAGGAGGAACCAGAUGGGAAGAUGAUGGAAAAUGAUGACAGUGAAAAAGAACACAAUAAGAAAAUUGUGGAGGAGAUUAAGAGUGAAAAUAUACAAGAUGAAAAAAACUUUGAGAAAGAAAAAAUACAACAUGGGGAAAUUAUGGAAGAAUGUGAAAAGGAACAACAUGAGAAAGUGAUGGGGGAAGACAAGAACGAAAAAUAUCAAGAUGAGAAAAUUGUUGAGGAAUCUGAGAGUGAAAAAUAUCAAGAUGGGAAAAUGGUGGAGGAAUGUAAGAGGGAAAAAUCUGAAGAUGACAAAAUUGUGGACAAAUCUGAGAGUGAAAAAUAUCAAGAUGACAACAUUUUGGAAGGAUCUCAGAGCGAAAAACUUCAACAUGACAAAAUUUCGGAGGAAUUUGAGUGUGAAAAAUAUCAAGAUGGGAAAGUUGUGGAGGAAUGUAAGAGGGAAAAUUUUGAAGUUGACAGAAUUUUGGACAAAUCUGAGAGUGAAAAAUAUCAAGAUGACAACAUUUUGGAAGGAUCUCAGAGCGAAAAACUUCAACAUGACAAAAUUUCGGAGGAAUUUGAGUGUGAAAAAUAUCAAGAUGGGAAAGUUGUGGAGGAAUGUAAGAGGGAAAAAUUUGAAGAUGACAGAAUUUUGGACAAACCUGAGAGUGAAAAAUAUCAAGAUGACAACAUUUUGGAGGGAUCUCAGAGCGAAAAACUUCAAGAUGGGAAAAUUGUGGAGGAAUCUGAGAGUGAAAAAUAUCAAGAUGACAACAUUUUGGAGGGAUCUCAGAGCGAAAAACUUCAAGAUGGGAAAAUUGUGGAGGAAUGUAAGAGGGACAUUUUUGAAGAUUACGAAAUGAUUGAAAAAUCCGAGAGUAAAAAAUAUCAAGAUGACAAAAUUUUGGAGGAAUCUCGGAGUGAAAAACCUCAAGAUGACAAAAUUGUGGACAAAUCUGAGAGUGAAAAAUAUCAAGAUGACAAAAUUUUAGAGGAAUCUAAGAGCAUAAAACUUCAAGAUGGGAAAAUUGUGGAGGAAUCUGAGAGUGAAAAAUAUCAAGAUGGGAAAAUUGUGGAGGAAUGUAAGAGGGAAAAAUUUGAAGAUGACAAAAUUGUGGACAAAUCUGACAGUGAAAAAUAUCAAGAUGACAAAAUUUUGGAGGGAUCUCAGAGCGAAAAACUUCAGGAUGAGAAAAUUGUGGAUGAAUGUAAGAGGAAAAAACUUCAAGAUUACAAAAUUGUGGACAAAUCCGAGAGUAAAAAACUUCAAGAUGAGAAAUCUGUGGAAGAAUGUAAGAGGGAAAAAAUUGAAGAUGACAAAAUUAUUGAAGAAUCAAAGAGUGAAAAAUAUCAAGAUGAGAAAAUUUUGAAGAAAUCUGAGAGUGAAAAACUUCAAGAUGGGAAAAUUGUGGAGGAAGACAACACUGAAAAAGAACACGAUGAAGAAAUGAUUGAAACCUGUGCCAGUAAUGAGGACCAAAAAGAUAAGGAAUAUUAUCAGGAUGAAUAUGAACAGUCUUUGAUGAACCAGGAGAGUGGAGAGAAGUCAAAUGUGGACUUCAACAGUGCAAUGAAUUUGACUGUGUUAAAAGUAGAGUCUGAUACAGAGAUUAUAAUGAAUUAUGAUGCAACAGAUGAACAGGGAGUAGAGAAGCUCAACAGUGUUAAACUAAACAAGAAUGAAGAAAGAAAUACAACAUUCAUGAUAAAAGACGAAGCACUAGAGACUGAGUAUCAACCUACUGUAGACAAACAAAAUGAUCGUGAAUCCUGCACUGAAACACAUUUCUCCCAGCAUACACCACUCUUCCCUGAAUCCUCUACAACAGGGAUUGGUCAAUACAGUCACAGAUCUCUUCCUGAAAGUAUAUCACAUAAUAAAAAUGAGCCACGGAUGAGUACAGAUCUACAAACUCUUUCCAGCUGGAGCGACUCCCAAACUCUCACAAACGACUCUUUAACAGCUAUAUCAUUCAGUCAGGCAUGUUUACAGAACCACACGGGCUCUGAGGAGAACCACAUCACUUUAUCUCAACCAACGUCAGAGCAGAGCUGUACCACAGAGCACAUAACAUCGGCCAUACCUCAGAGUCAAGCCAGUACUGGACAGUCUGAUGGGGAGGAGGGGCUUGAAACUGUCAAUCAUUUCAUCAAAGCAGACUUGGAUACAAGUAGAUGUAUCAGUGAUCAAUCACAACAGGGUCUGACCAAUGAGAACACUAAUGAUGAUGAUGAUGAGGAGGAGGAGGCUGCGACAGUCACAGCCAGUGAUGGCUGCCAGGACUCCAAAUGCGAUUCUCCCCCUGAAUAUCCGAACGAAGCUCAACAAUGUGAAAUUUCGCUGAACUCCCGUGACAUUAGGAAACUUCAGAAAACAGAUGAACCUUUAACCAGUCAGAGGGGAAGUGAGGAACUUUCGCGGAAAAUUGGAGAUAUUUCAACUUUGAUGUCCAGUGAAAUCGAUGUUGCCAUGGAAACUGAUCAUCACUCAUAGUUCAGAGACUGAACAUCAUUUAUUUGCAUUUAUUCUUAUUUGUG